GUUAUAUGUAGAUUGCUUAGUUAUUAAUACUGUUAAAGCAAGAAAAAUACACAAUCAACAGUCAGUCGUUAAAUGUAAAAUAUGCAGUGUGAUUUCUCGGGUCAAGAUCAGGCAUGACGUUAAAGGUAGCAUCCGUGUUGCUGGUUGUGAGUACGUUGACCUACUCUUGAAACGUGGCGGACUGUUUGUGAUGGGGUUUGUGUAUCGUCGAAUACGUGUAAGGUCAUAAUUUUCGUCGUACUGGAGUCUGCAUCUCAACAGACUUUUAAUUAAGUUAAAGUAAGUUUUUGGUUGUUUUUGAAAGAACUGACGAGCAUCAUUCGAUUUUAGGGCAUAAAACUUCGCGAUAUCGUAAUAUUUUUACUUGUGUAACUGUAAUCUUUAAAGGUCAAGUUCAAAUCCUGUUUCUGCUUUAGGCUUAACGUGGUUACCCAGAAGUGUAAGAAGACGUGGAAAUGCACAGUAUAUGAAUAGACGUAGUGGCUAACAUUAUGUAUGUUUAACUUUAAGAAUGUGUUCGAAACUUGUAAUUUAAAUACAAACAAUUAUAUAUACUAUCGUUUCAGUUAAUGUUGAUAAAUUAGCCCAGGUCGUUAUUAAUAUUAUAAUAAUGAAAUUUAUUGCAAAAGAAAUUCGUGGAUUAUGUAAUAUGUUGGUGAAAGAAAGAAAAAUGUUUAGUAAGGUAAUCCCAUUACUCAACUGGCCAAGACAGAUGACGUGUACAGCAGGACCUUGUAUAUCUAUUGAUAUAAAACCUAAUUUCAUAACUAGUAGUAAAAUUGAACUUGCAAAACACACACGUCAGUUUCACCAUAGAUUCUAUGCAUCUCUUGGUUCCUACACAACUAAGACCUCAGACUGGAACAGAGCAGUGUCAGAUGCUGAAAAGAUAGUUGGAUACCCGACAUCUUACUUCAGUCUCCGUUGUCUUCUCAGUGAUGAAAUUUCUAAUAUAGCACUCCAUCUUCGAAAACUUAUCGGCACCAAUCAUCCAAUAUUAAAGACUGCAAAGCGGCUUAUAUACAAUGGAAGAAACAACAUGCAGACGAGAGGGCUGAUUGUUUUGCUAGUUUCGAAAGCUGUGGGACAUCAUACAUCUUCAAGGGAUUAUCUGGAAGCCAGUAGGUCAGCUGGCAUCUCUCAACGACAGCGCUCUCUUGCAGAGAUCACAGAGAUGAUACACACAGCUCACCUGAUUCAUCGAGGAAUGCUGAACUUAUCGGAGAGUGCAGUUCCCGAUUCCAACACUUUGAAAGAUCUGCAGUUUGGAAACAAAAUCUCCGUCCUUAGUGGAGACUAUCUUCUUGCCAAUGCCUGUAAAGGCUUAGCUGAGCUAAGAAAUUGUACGGCAGUGGACUUGAUAUCAACAGCGAUUGGUGAUUUCAUGCAAGCAGAAUUUGUUGGGGAACACGACUCAGAAGGGAAUGCUCUUCCUACAGCAAGCAUGGGAGUCGCUGAUUGGGAACAGCGAAGUUUCUUGUGGGCUGGUAGUCUCAUGGCCAACAGUUGUAAAGCAACCCUUGAACUGGCUGGUCAUAACCAGGAAGUCCAGGAAAGAGGAUAUGAAUUUGGGAAAGUUAUCGGCUUGGCUUGGCAGACACAUGCAGAUCUUCAGCCUUUUACAGACACUUACCGACAUCCUCCAGGCACCAUGUUUGACUUAACUUCCGUCCCCGUAUUACUGUGUUUGGAGAAUGAACCAAAGCUGCUCGACUACAUCCGAAGCUGUGGAGCCUCCGUAACUUCCUUAGACUUCAAGAAGCUCCAUACGACUGUUAUUGAAAGUGGUGCCGUAGAAAAAGCUAAGAAACUUCUAAGUACCUACACUAAACGAGCCCAAGUCAUCCUGGCAGAGUUUGGAAAUUCAGAUGCUACACUAGCAUUACUGAAGAUCGUUCAUGCUCUAGAAGAACAGUGACUGUUUGUUUACUUGCGACUAGUUGUUUUGUAUUUCAGGCAUUAUACGAUGAAGCCAAAGUUUUGGUGUUUAAAACAUUCAUUAGGUGGGUAUGUGGACAUUACUAAGUUUUGUAAUAAAGAUUUAAAAAUCAACGUGUAGUUCUGUUAACAUGAAAUAUUUUAACUUUUGUU